UCAGUCAAACAUUGCCUAAUUCACCGGGGGAGCAGUCGAACAGGAAGGGAAGCUUUACAUUCAUCAUUUAGCAAUUCGCACCGUACAGCUGGGCUGUAGUUAAGAAAGCGUUUCUGCCUACGCUCUUCUGGCAAGAUAGUCCAAAUGUUUACCGACGACAUAGCCAAACGUUGUAAAAGAGACGAUAUCUGAAAUGCUGCUACCAUACGGGCAGCACACCUAUGCCGGGGCAUUUUUUCCGGCAUUUGUAACCGGUCCGGAGAGGGUCCGAAGUUUUGAACACCUAUUGCCGGUGUAACGCAUUGUAGGGUAAACAGGAGAUAAAAAAGAUAAAAGUAAUUAAAUGUUUCCGUAACUGGAGCCGCUUGGAGCUCGAUGGGAGUAGGUAGUAUAAAAGGAGAUCUUCCAUCGGGCGACCGUUUCUCACUGUAGAAGGCCGUUCUCGGCUAAGUUUCGGAGGAUUAUGCGUGCCCGGAUACAGCUUGUUUUCGAACGAUUGUGCCCUAAACUGGAUCGGUUGACGCAACGUGCACGCGAGUUUGUGUGAAGCGCCUGCUCGAAGAUUAUUCGAUGCCGCAUCCGCUGACGCCACCGAGAAUUUACAUCACAUCCGUGGAGGAAGGCACCGUGGAAGAUUCGAACGCACCGCCCAAGGACGGUGGCCCGAGCUUGGUGGGAGCACGAACGAACGAAAGUGGUCCAUCAUCGGUAGCGAUUCCGUCGAUUGACUUGGCCAUGGCGUUAAGCAAACAGCAGCUCAUCAUGCACCCGACGAACAACGACGGUGCCCUCCCGCUGACCAGCGUCGGCGACAGCGAAUGGCAUUGUCCGGUGCGAGCAGCGGUCGGCGAUGGUGGUGGAGAAAAUGGUGCACCUCAGCAGUACCGGCGCCCGGCCAGUCCCGCCGACCGUUCGGCGGCGACGACGAUGGCAAUGAUAGCUCGCAAGUGUCCAUCGUUGGAGCGUAACUGGCCGGUCACGUCGCAACCGCUCGCACUGCUGAUCGUGUUUGCGUUCCUAUGGGCCGUCGCGUACGCCAUCCUGCCGCCCGAACUGUCCCAUCCUGCCGGCGGCCUGAUGCGGCUCGUCUUCCUGUUCGUGGGUGCUCAAGCCUGCGGCAUACUGGUCUCGCUCACCGGACUGCCGGACAUGCUCGGGAUGCUCUUUUGGGGCGUCCUGUACGCCAACGUCGGAUGGGCCGACUUUGCCGGGUACGAGCGGGUCGAGGUGUUUCUGCGCGAGAUGGCGCUCGUCAACAUCAUGCUGCUGGCCGGGCUGGGACUGGACUAUGCCGCGCUACGCAGCCUGUUUCGCUUCAUCAUGCAGCUCACGCUGGUACCGACGGUGGCGGAGGUUGCGGCCGUCGCAGUGCUUUCGCAUUACCUUCUCGCUCUGCCAUGGCUUUGGGGUGUUUUGCUGGGCCUGGUCGAAACUGCCAUCUCGCCGAACGUCGUCGUGACCGUGCUGCUGCGGCUGAAGGAAGAACGGCUCGGGCUGAAUAAAGGAAUUCACACAUUAAUCAUCGCCAUGACAAGCUGUAAUGAUGUGCUGGCAAUUUUCCUGUUCGGCGUCAUACUCGGGGUGAUAUUUUCCACCGGCGAUCUCACCAGCCAGAUCCUGCAGGGACCGAUCGGUAUCGUCAUCGGGCUCGUCUACGGGGGUCUGUGCGGUGUUGCGCUGCUGUACGUGCCCUCUUAUCACGCGAAGUACACCAACGGGUUGCGGUUUUCGAUGGCAGCACUUGCCGGUACGCUGUCGGUGGUGGGAAGCAAAAAGGUGGGUUACCCUUCGGCCGGUGCGCUCGGCUGCAUCGUGACGGCGUUUGUUGCGGGGACGGGAUGGCGCAAACGGCCCCCGACCGAGCGCAACGAGGUGAGCAUGUAUCUGGACCUUUUGUGGAAGUUCCUGAAGCCGGUGUCCUUUUCGUUGAUCGGUAAGGAGGUUAACUUUUCGGUGCUGGCCGGUGAGACUGUCCUGUACGGUGCCGUUACGCUGCUGGUGGCAGUUCUGCUACGGUUGAUUUUCUCCUACCUUUCCACGAUGGGCAGCGAACUUAACUGGAAGGAGAAGGCGUACGUCACCCUAUCUGGCUUUCCCAAAGCCACCGUGCAAGCUGCCUUGGGACCGGCCGCACUGGAUCUUGCCCGCAGUCUGAAUGCCACCGAGGAAUAUGCGCGGGCACAAACAGUGCUAAUCGUUACGGUGCUAGCCAUUAUCUUCACUGCGCCACUCGGAGCGUUGCUAAUGAUCAAGCUGGCACCGCGCUGGUUGAAGCGAUCGACAGACGAACGGACGGAUCAGUAUAGCUGAUUUUCGACUAAAAACUCCUAGUAACUUAAGGGCGUGCAAUACUUACUCGAAAUUGAUUAGUUUGAGGUGAAAGUGACUUAAAAUAGUAUCAGAAACGGGUGUUAAGAGUUGUGCGGUGUUUACCCAUACGCAACAUACUACUUAAAUUCAACUUAAAUUAGAUUUAGUUCGCACCAACAGUGGUAAAAGAGUUGGAAAAUUAAUAUUUUAAUAAAAGAAAACCCCGUAGCGUAGGGUGUGGCAUAGCAACUAUGAUGAGAAUGUGCGCUUCCCCGGGGCUUCAUCUGUAGAGCCGCCAAUAAAAACGCUCCCCCUCUCAAA